CUGGUUUAUCAAUAUUUAUGUAAAGAUAGCAGCUGAUCAGCAAAGUAUUUGUGGAAAGAUACUAGAUAGAUAAUAGAUAAUAUUAUGGCUUACAACUCGUCGGGCGCUGAAAAUUCAAAAUAUAGCCACUUAAAUUUUAACCAAUAAAUAAUAAUGGAUUUUUCGUUACUGGAACCAACUUUGUACACUGUUAAGGGCAUGGCUAUUUUGGACAAUGAUGGCAACCGCAUACUGGCCAAAUACUAUGAUGACAAUAUAUUUCCAACGAUUAAAGAACAAAAAGCAUUUGAAAAAAACCUAUUCAACCGUACUCACAGAGCAAAUGCAGAAAUUAUCAUGCUGGACGGCAUUACAUGUCUGUACAGGAGCAAUGUGGAUCUGUUUUUUUACGUCAUGGGAAGUUCACAUGAGAACGAACUAUUAUUGAUGAGCGUCUUACAAUGCAUGUACGAUUCAAUUAGUCAAAUUUUAAGGAAAAAUGUGGAAAAACGAGUUGUACUUGACAACUUAGAUGUUGUUAUGUUGGCGUUGGAUGAAAUUUGUGAUAAUGGUAUUAUAUUGGAAGCCGAUUCUGGGGCAGUUGUACAGAGAGUAGCAUUACGAACCGAUGACAUACCAAUUGGAGAACAAACUGUUGCACAGGUCUUCCAGUCAGCAAAAGAACAGUUGAAAUGGUCAUUAUUAAAAUAGUGUAUAUUUUAUUCAAAUCUUUCAAGUAUAAGAUGUUAACAUAUUACAUACCAUUAUUUUUAUUGUUUAUAUAAUACUAUAUAUUUAAAACUUAUUUUUAAACCAAUACAGAUUCAAUUUAUAGAUGAACUUGUGAAAAUUCGAAUUUUAUUGUCUAACUAAAUAGCUAACUAAAACAAUCUUAUGUCUUCAAAA